UCACACACGGUGCUCACUGCCACCCAGCGGUUAACGUCAGUACGUAAAGUGACUGCAGGACUAAACCGAUCAAAGGUAGUGGACACCUGCAUCCAGUACACCGCAGUAAUGUCUAAGUGGCUGAAUGAUGGCGAGGUGCUGGUGGGUCAAGGCAGUGGUGAGGCAGUAGCAGUGAGCCCCAGACCGCGGGGCCUUCCAGCUGGGAGCCCUAGGCCGGGCCGGGGUGCACGCAGUCCGCUGGCUUCACCCAGAGCCAGAGAAACGGUGCCAGUAAGCCCGCUGGCGGAGACCAUGGGCAAGGCCAAGGAGCUCUUUGUGCUGUGUGACAAAGAGGGGAAAGGGUUCAUCACAAAGCGGGAUAUGCAGAGGCUACAAGUGGAGUUGCCACUGUCCCCUGAACAGCUGGAGACGGUGUUUGAAAGUCUGGACCGAGAGAGCAAUGGAUUCCUCACUCCUGUUGAGUUCAACACAGGACUUGGUGAGUUUGUGGGGCUGGAGGACACGACUGAGCUGAGUCAAGACGAAACAGAAGAGGACAUGGACCAGGUGUUCUGGGCCCAGGACCCCCCUGCAGUCAGAUUUGUUAACAUACUGAUGGAGUUGGGCGCUGACAAACUCUUCAAAGAUCAGCAGGAGCUCUCUUUUGUGUGGUGUGAACUCCAGAGAGACAGACCAGAGCUGCUGAGCGUCCUGGAGGGCGUCCUGAUCCAUGCUGUGUCCCAUCUACAGGACUCCAUCAGAGAGAGAGAUAGUCUGGAACAAGCUCUACGCAGACGAGAGGGUGAACAUCAUCAGGUUGUUCAGUCCAUAUAUGAAGAAAUGGAAAACCAAAUCAGAGAGGAGAGAGAGAAACGCCUGGCUCAGGACAGUAUUGGACAGAAGCAGAGAGGCCAACAACUUGAGGAGGAGCUGAAGAUGCGGGAGCAAGAGUUGGAUAAUACACUGACCAAACAGAGAGAGAUGGAGACCAGAAUCCGGCAGCUGAGUUGUGAACAGGUUAACAUCAAGGAGCAGAACCAGCAGCUGCGGAGCCUCAACAUUCAGUUACACGAGCAGGUGGAGAGCAGCAGAGAGCAGCUACAGGCCGCUCUGGGUCAGCUCAGCCUGCUGCAGGUCAGCGCUGCCCAGGAACACGUGACCAGACAGAGAAAUGUGACGAAGGUGUCAAGGAACAUGCAGAAAGAGAAGGAUAGUCUCUUUAAACAGCUGGAGCUAUUGAGGGAUAUGAACAAAAGGCUGCGAGAUGAGAAAGAUGCCCAACAGACUCAGCAGAGGGUUAGUCACAGACACGCUGUACUUCCUCCUCUGCCAUUAACUUAUUACCUCAGUGAAGACCUUUGUACUCCGUGGACACAGCAGAUUUAUCCAACCUAAGCAAAGUCUUGGCGUGGCUUCAUGCUUUUGUUCAUCCUCUGUACAAUGAUUAUUUAUAUGGGCAGCUGUUAUUGUUUGGUUAUUGAUUGAACGUGUGUUCAUUGACCCUGUUUGGGAUUUUUGCGAUGUCGGCAAUGUUUUUUGUCUCUUGUAGAUAUGGUCAAAGGAGUGAAGACAUUUAUUCUAUCUAUGCCAAUUUGAAGGAAAGAGUGUUGUAUAUGUUUAUUAAUGAUGCUUUACAUUGCACUAUUUAUGAAGGUGAACUAAAGGUGGUCAGUAUUUACCAAACUAAUAAAAUCCUCGUCACAAUUCAUAAAGGAGAGAUAAUAUAGUUGCAAGUUCCCCUUUAUCCCACGCUUACAUAUGACAUGUUUGCCAAAGCUGUCAACUGUUGCUUUGUUUUUGGUUGUUUCUUUACAAAAUUUAACUUCCAAGAAUCUCUCUUGAACAAAUAAUUUAUUUAUAUGUAACAUAAACCAAUGCCAUUAAAAAUCCAUCUAAUUUACGAUGCCCGUGUCUCGAUGAUGGGCAUGGAUAAUAGAUGACAAAGAAUACAAAAUAUGAAUAUAAGAAACCAUUUUGACCAUUACCUGUUGGUUAUUUCUUGUAUUGUUGUCUUGCCGUAUAAUUUAUGAUCAAACAAGUGUAUUGCUAUUAAAUGAUGAUGAUGUUAAAUUUCUUUUCAGCAGAAUAAAUGUCACUUUUGAACUGAAU